UGCACGUUCAUAUCCAAUGCACGGCUCAGAUACUGGUUGCUUAACAACGGUGCCUCCAAUAACAAUAACGUUUGGUUUGAAGCUUACGGAGGGAUAGACUUUAAAAAAACACACCAUCAGCUGCAGCCCACCGACUGUAUGGACGUAUCUGCCUGACUGCAUUCAGAUCAAAAACAGUCACCGAAGUUGGCGUCUGCCUGACUGACCUGACCCAUUUAACGCCGUACCCGGCUCAGUUCCAGUGGGAGCCUGUGAUCCGCCGCCUGACUGCUAAUCCACUUCCCUGGUUGAUAACUCAUGACCUCACAUCCCUGUGUCCUGAUGUGUCGGUGAUAUGGGAGAGUGGUGGACAACUGUGCCAAUAGGGACGUCUAUGGGAAACUAUGAGAUCUCCAGCAUAUCACAUGUGACAAUGUCCCCCUCGAGACAGAACAACCUUGUGUCAAUGUACUCCCCUUUGCCCCUUUCGAAGAGCUCCUACAGUGUGAUAAGUGCCUUUUGCACAGAGGAUAAUAUUCCUCAGUGCAUUUCAUACAUCAAUCAGGAGCUUGACUCACUGGGCCUCUCCUCCACAUGUUUUGAGGCCAGCUCACCAGGGGAGGCCAGCCUGAAAACAGUGCCAGCUCUAAAUGCCAUAUAUGAGCUGCUCCAGAUACACAGACGCAACAUGUGCACUUUAGAGGAGCUUGAGAAGGAACACCUGAAGAAAGCCAACUCGUUGGAACACAUGCAGAUGAACAAUUCCAGACUCAAGGAUCAGUUGGAACUGUCUAUAAGGGAGAAAUCGGGUCUACAUGAGACAGAGAGGCAACUACAACUCAAAAUUAAGACUUUGCAGAGCUGCUUGAAAACAGAAAAAGAUGAGGUUCAAAAGCUCCAGAGUAUCAUUGCCAGUCGUGCUUCUCAGUACAGUCAUGAUGCUAAGAGAAAAGAGAGGGAAGCUGCAAAGCUCAAGGAACGUCUCAGCCAGCUACUGGUUGACCGAAAGGAUAAGAAACUGGCCAUUGAUGUACUGAAUUGCUUGGGACGGUCAGAUGGAAAAAGGAGCCACUGGAAGACUGCAAAAGCGACAGCCAGUCAUGAAGGUGAGAUGUACAAGUCCUUGCUCGGUGACUAUGAGGCCAGUCAGAAGUCUUUGAUGCUGGAAAACGCUGAGCUUAAAAAAGUCCUCCAGCAGAUGAAGAAGGAGAUGAUACACAUCCUGAGUCCACGCCAGCCCUCUAACAGAGGAGCCACUGCUGAUGACAGUCAUGAGCAGGCUGAUUCGGAUGGGGAGGAGAAGACAGGCGACUCAAGCAGAGACACUCUGGACCAAUCGUGUGAGCAGGCUAGGGAGCAGCUCACCAACAGCAUCCGCCAGCAGUGGAGGAAACUGAGGAACCACGUGGAGAAGUUAGGCAGUCAAGCCUCGCUAGUGCAGAACCAGCUGGAAUCCAAUAAAGAGGUGAUACCAAGGGACACCCAUGAGGAUGAGAUGGAACAGAUGAGGCGUGAAGUGCAGCAGUGCAAAGAGUUCAUUCAUGCACAACAACAGCUCCUCCAGCAACAACUCAACACAUCAUUUGACGAUGAGACAGCAGCUCUUCUUAAUGACUGCUACACACUAGAGGAGAAGGAGCGGCUCAAAGAGGAAUGGAGGCUGUUUGAGGAACAGAAGAGAAACUUUGAAAGAGAGAGAAAGAACUUCACAGAGGCUGCUAUUCGCCUGGGGCGAGAGAAAAAGGCCUUUCAGGAGGAUCGUGCCUCUUGGCUCAAGAAUCAGUUUUUGAAUAUGACUCCAUUUACAGAGCGCAGAUGUUCCUCGUCUGACGGUCAGAGUGCCUUAUCAAUCAAAAGUGAGCCAGGAAUGAGGAUGUCUUCCUCAAACAAUCAGUUGGUCAAAUCCUCAACCUAUGCCACGUUCUCCACUCCUAAAGCUACACAAAGUGCAACUGUGCCAUCCACAACUGAACUUUAUCGGACACUCCGCCUGAUACCAGACUGCAGUUCCUCCAGACAUUCAAAUCGAGGAUCCUGGCAGGAGUCCAGCAGCACUGAAGAUGGAGAAACUCGGUUCAAGUCAAAAAACAGAGUUCGAUGUGGAGACUUGAGUAUCUUCUCUUUGGGUGAAGAUGAGAACAGCCUCACUUGAAAAACUUCCAGUGCCUUAUUUUGCGCAUCAUUUCACAGUGGGACUCAAGCAACAAUUCAUUCCUGAACUAAUCAACUCAGAAGCACUACUUUUUUUUCUCUUUUUUGCAUUUUUAUGUUGCUCUGUUAUGGACAUGCACAAGUCAUUCACCAAAGCUGAUCAAACAAGAAAGCACUUUAAUGAUUUUGCCAUUGUUUGUUUCUUUACCACAAAUUAACACUGACAAACCAGAUCUUUAGCUAUAUUUAUAAGAGGGUAUCUGUCAAGUAGUGAUCUGAACAUAUGUGAGAUGGAUUUUUUUUUUACAUGUGGAUUAUAUUGAAAAUUUAAGUUUUACUUCAAACUUUUUAAUGUUUACACAUUCUAGAUGAAGCAUAUAUUGACAUUAGAUUAAGAACGAUCUGCUCUGCUGGUGUAACAGCACAAUAAAGGUAUUUUUAAUUUAAAAA